CAGAAACGGAUCUUUACAGUGGUCUUUGCUUAAGUUGCCGAAUUUUACAUUAUAUAUAAUGCAAUGGCAGCGGUUAGUUUAAUGGUGCUGUAUGAGGACGAGUCUGUGGAGGUUCGGUAUUGCGAUGGAUUCUGUCUGCAGCUCUCGCCUUGUGGCUGUGAGUUUCUAUUUGAGAAGACACCACAUCCAUCAGCACAUCCUCUACAGCAGUACGAGAGGAUCCGACAGAGGACUCAGUUUGUAAUCAGCAGCUAUAAAGAACAGUUGGUCCAGGCAUUGGAGUUCAGAAACAGAUUUGCUACUGUGCCAUACCUUCCAACUGUUCUUAUACCUACAAACAAUAAAACACAUCUUUUUAUUGACAUCUCAGAGGUUAAAUGGCCCAAACAUGAUGCUAACGGUGUAACGUUCACUGAUAACGAUGGAGUAAAGGUGACGUCUUGUGAUGGAAAUGCUUUUCUCUAUCUGGCCCCAUCGCGCCAUGAGUUUUCAGUGGAGUUUCUCUGCAAGGCUAGUCAAACUCCUGCCAAUAAAAUGAAACCAUCAGGCACACUUAUCAAAGAAAACCAAGAGAAUACACACAGUGAUGGUCCAGAUUAUUGUGCAUCCAGCAAGGGCACAAAUCCUCACAGUAAUCCACAUAAUGGGAAUAAGGAAUUAUCUGAGCCUUCUACCAAGCACGAAUAUGUGUACACCUGGGUGGUUCAGCACCAAUCCGUGUCAUCCUGCCUGGCUUGCUGGAACUAUCCACUCUCAUUAGCAUUAAAAUGUAGUAAAAACAAAGAAUCAGUUGAUGGAGCAAAACAAAUGUCUGAUGAACCUUUAAAAACAAAGAAUGUAAGGGUUCCACCUCCAGGAGAAGAUACAUUGCAGAAUGAAGUAAGCAUCCUGCCCAAAGCUCUUCCACUGAGCUGUCCCGCACCACACUCGCACAGAUGGGCUUUCAAAGACUUGGUUUCACAAGAUGAUCAAGAGAUUGAACAAUUUCUUCGUACAGAGCUUGUGAAAAUAGUUUGGUGUCAAGGUAUAGUUUAUCGGUUAAUCCAUGGUGCUAUCAGUGGUGUAGAAAUAUACCCUGGAGAUGGAACAGUCAUCAGAUCACAAGGACCUGUUGCAAACUACUUCAAACAUUAUCUGGCAAAGGGCCCUGCAGAACAGAAAGAGAAGAUGUAUGUAAUGAGCAGCCUCCCUCCUGAUGUACCUGGACAGAGCUACUCGGUUCGGUCAGUUCUCACUCGAGCUAGCAGAAUCCUUCAAUGCUGUCAUCAAGCCAGACUUUUGUUGAAAAUGUCCUACAAUAUCUGCUGCUGGAAAACAGAGAGCAUCAGUUCAGUGCAAAAUAACAGUCCCCCAGUUCUGUUAAAGGAAGCUAGCAUUCCCAACAUAGGGCACUUCACUGCCUUUUCAGAUGGAAAAGUUCAUGUUAUCUACUGUGACGGUGUGACACUGCAUAUGAUGUGGAACUUAAAGGUUAAAACACAGAAUCACGAAGCAGAAAUGCAGUUUUCCCCUGGGGAUGAGGGGGCUGCAACAUUAGAGUGGUGCAAGUUGAUGCUGCCCGAUGGACAGUGCCAGCUGGUACAGCUUCAAUCUCCUGGACUGUAUGAAAGAUAUGUCAGUAUAGCAGUGAACUGGUGUAAGUGGUUGAACCAGAAUCCACAGAAGAGUGGCGAUUUGUGCAAAGAUUUUCAACCUGCUAACCCUAGCGAUGAUUGGUCUGUUGUAGCAGAACUCCAGAAAAUCAAAAGGUUCAACUAUCUAUUGGAAAAUAGCGGAAUCUUAAAGUCAACUUCUGUAGGGGGACAUAAAUUCUGUUGUAAUUCUGAUAACAUUGACUCCAUAGAGGAUUUACAUUCUCCAGAGAAGAACAUUGCAGAAGCACUUGAACGAACUUCUAAAGCCAUCCAAGACAUUGAGCUGCUGUUAUCCACAAGGAUUUCCAGGAGACAGUAAAAAGAA